AGUUGUCAUCAGCUGUUUCUAUAUGCAACAAUCAUUUGCAACAGCUGACUGUUUUAAGUACAUAAUACUAAUAAUUUCCUAAUUUCCUAGAUGUCUCGUAAUUGCACAUUCCUAGUUGUUGGCGGCGGCAUUGCUGGCGUCUCUUGUGCAGAAGCUUUAACCAUUUGUUGUCCAAACGAAACGAUUUUACUGUUGACCGAAUCGAGCGUGGUAAAGAGCGUGACUAAUCUGGUGCCAGUUGCUCGCUAUCUACACAAGUUCGAUGUACGGGAACAGAAUGUAAGCGAUUUACGUGCAGGCAUAGGGACCAUUGUGGACCAGCUGGCAUACAUCAACAGCGGUGAACAUUGGGCGCGCACCAAGACUGGGCUGGUCAUCAACUAUCGCUAUAUCUGCUUGUGCACGGGCGGUGCAGCUAAAUUGUUUAGCACCGGCGAGAAUGAGCUCAACACACGCAUCAUUGGCAUACGCGACACAGAUUCUGUGCUGGAGCUGCAGCGUCGGCUGGCCAGCGCUAAGGAUGUGCUCAUUCUGGGCAACGGAGGCAUUGCUAGCGAAUUAGCUCAUGAGUUGCACGAUGUGAACGUACACUGGGUAAUCAAGGAUGCUCACAUUUCGGCAACCUUCGUGGAUCCCGGCGCAGCAGAGUUCUUUCAACUAGCCAAACGGGAGACGGAUCAGACAGUAACAACCAAACCUGCAACGGCUAUCAAGCGAAUGCGUUAUAGCGAAUUGCUACCCAGAGCCGAGCAGGAGGAGCAGAAGCAAAGUAGGCGCGGCGCCGCCUUGGGACCCGACUGGCAUCGUACCUACGACUUAGGUGGAGGCGUCGCAGACACUGCUAGUCGAGAUAUGCCCAAGAUUUAUUACAAUUCUCACAUAGAGCGUGUCGAGCAGGUCACAACUGGAGAAGCUUUGUCCAUUAGUCUAAAGCACGAUGAUGGUAGUGUGCAGCGUCUCAACUGUGAUUUCAUUGUGUCCGCAACAGGCGUGCAGCCACGACACGACUACGAAACAGAUAAACCACUUCAACUGGCGGCGGAUGGCGGCAUUAAAGUGGAUGAAAUGAUGAACACGAAUCUGUGUGACGUUUAUGCGGCGGGGGAUGUGUGCACCGCUGGCUGGCCAAAUGGAACGCACUGGUUUCAGAUGCGACUGUGGACGCAGGCGCGUCAAAUGGGUGCCAUGGCUGGGCGCAGUAUGGCAGCUGUACACGAGGGCGAAACAGUCUAUCAAGAUUUCUGUUUUGAGCUAUUCGGCCAUGUGACGCAACUGUUUGGCUUUCCUGUUGUUCUGCUCGGACGCUUCAACGGCCAGGAUCUGGGUCGCGACUAUGAGUUGCUUGUGCGCUGCACACGCAAUAAAGAAUACAUCAAAUUUGUACUACAUCAAGGACGACUGCGCGGGGCCAUAUUGAUUGGUGAUACGGAUCUCGCAGAGACCUGCGAGAAUUUGAUAUUAAAUGGCACAGAUCUGACUCCCUAUGGAGAUGACAUACUUAAUCCGGACAUAGACAUUGAAGACUACUUUGAUUAAUUGAAUAAUUUUACAAAUAAAGUAUUAGUUAUGCUUAAAAUUAAGCUUAAGUCUAAGUUGAGUUCGGCUUCUUCUGGUUGUGU